AUGGCGAGAUGCGUGUGCUACGUAUAUUUUAAUAUUAUAAUUCUGGUGACGACAUUGAUAUACUACACUUAUGGCACGAUAGAGUGUAACUUUGAGUUUGAUCUGUGUACAUGGAGCAACGAACCAAGAGGCAUCGAUGAUUUUGACUGGGUCCGGUUUGACGGUAGCUAUGAUGAAAGAGAGAAAGGGCCGCUGAGAGACCAUACUACCAACUCCCCAACAGGUGUGUACUACUACCUGGAUACAUCCGGGAUAGACGAGGGACAGGUGGCUCACCUGCGGUCGGAAACAGUGUCUGCUGUAGACACUCAAGAUGCCUGCCUAUCUUUUUAUUACUACAGAAAUGGUUCUGGUACUGGGGACAUCAAUGUAUAUUAUGAAACAGCGACCUCUACGACGAUGAUAUGGAGCUCUAUAUAUGACAACCCAACGGCCGAGAACUGGUUUCUUGGACAAAUUGCGAUCAACGCCUCGGAAACUUUAUCGUUCAUCGUAGAGGGCGUUGCUGGAAGUAGCGAGGUUGCGGACAUUGCCAUUGAUGAUAUUGAAUACGUGGACGGACAAUGCUUAACCCAAACGACGGCCUCAACGUUCUAUUGUGAUGAUGGCGUCACUGUCAUCGAUGGUUCUCAACGGUGUAACUGGCAAUUAGAUUGUCCGACUGGAUCGGAUGAGGUCAAUUGUGAUUAUCUGUGCACUUUCGAAGAGGGGAUGUGUGGCUGGAGACAGGACAACGUGACAGACGAUUUUGACUGGACAAGAUGGAAAGGGGAUACUCCGAUAUCACACACAGGACCAGGGGUUGAUCACACCUUGGGAACAAGUGAAGGCUACUAUCUAUUCGUCGAAGCAAACUCCGUAGAUGAUCACGAUAGGGGCAGGCUCAUAUCGUCAUCACUGCCCCCUAGCCCCGUAGACGGACACUGUUUACAGUUCUGGUAUCAUAUGCUAGGGAGUUAUGUAGGUGACCUGAAUAUCUAUGUAUUAGAUUCACAUGGCACGGAAAAUAAGAUCUGGACAAGAAUGGGUACACAGGGGAACGAAUGGAGACAUGGUCAACGCGAUCUACAUAUAACUACUGAAUAUGAAAUUAUAUUUGAAGCCAGUAGGAUAACGCAUAAACGAAGUGACAUCGCAAUUGAUGACUUGUCUGUGACGAAUGGAGCAUGCCCCCCACAUCACGAAUGCGACUUUGAGUAUGAUUUUUGUGGGUGGAAUAACACAUGGAAUGACACCUUAGAUUGGUUACUUGGAAGCAAUGGCACUGAGACUGAUGGGACUGGUCCAACCUAUGAUCAUACUACAGGCACAGCUACAGGACAAUUUGCUUACAUUGAUACGUCAUCAGCAAUGGUGGGCCAUUACGCAACGUUAUCAACAACACAAUUCACACCUAAUGUUGAUCGAUGUUUGACAUUUUGGUAUCACAUGUAUGGAGAAGAUGUUGGAUCGCUAGAAGUUCAUCAAAAUGAUAUCGGAAACAUAUUUCUGAGUCCAAUCUGGUCAAGAUCAGGAAACCAAGGGAAUAUCUGGCGACGAGGAAGUGUUCCCCUGCCUGCUGGAUCAACUAUCAACAACUACAUUAUAGUAUUUCAAGGCAUCGUAGGUGGCGGUGGACAAGGCGACAUUGCGAUAGACGAUGCGCUGGUUGACGAUUCUUCAUGCCAACCAGAAGGAUGGUGUAGUUUUGAAAGAGACACAUGUGGGUGGACAAAUGAACGAGAAAGGGAUGACGAAUAUGAUUGGUUGAGGAAUGCAGGCACUACAUCCACAUAUGCAACUGGACCGAAAGUGGAUCAUACACUUGGAACAGGCAGUGGUUACUUCAUGUUCAUUGAAACAAGCAGCGGUGGCACUGAAGACAGGGCGUGGCUAGUAAGCGAACAUCUCCCGCCCACUUCAGAGGCUAAAUGUUUCAAGUUCUGGUACCAUAUGUUCGGUCAUACCAUUGGAACUUUGAACGUAUAUUUCGAGUCUGGCAAUAUACCCCUCAAUCUACGAUGGAGCUCUUCGGGCGAUCGUGGGGAAGAUUGGUAUGCUGGGCAAAUAACAGUCAACUCGACAGAAGAAUACUGGGUCAUAUUUGAAGCAAUCAAAGGCGACGGCGAUACAGGUGAUAUUGCCAUAGACGACACUGAGUUGUAUGACGGUGCAUGUGUCAUAAGCACCACCAACUCCUACAAUUGUACGUUUGAGGAAGAUCUAUGUAGUUGGAGACAGGAUAAGAUCACGGAUGAUUUUAACUGGAAACGCAACCAAGGCGAUACGCCUACAUCCCAUACAGGACCAACUAUUGACCACACACUCGGGACAAAUGAAGGUUAUUAUUUAUUUAUUGAGGCAGACUCACGUGACGACCAUGAGAGAGGGAGGCUGAUAUCAACCCCAUUGCCCCCAAUACCAAGUUCGACUUACUGUUUAACGUUCUGGUAUCACAUGUUUGGUGGUCGUGUUGGCGAUCUAAAUGUUUAUGUAAGAGAAGCAAACGGCUUAGAAUCAAAGAUCUGGACUCGUACGGGCACACAGGCAGACGAGUGGAGAUAUGGUCAACGUGAUUUGCAUAUUACAUCAACUUAUGAAAUUAUAUUCGAAGCUACCAGGAUAACACAUAAGAGGAGUGACAUUGCUAUAGACGAUUUGUCUGUGCUUGAAGGGACAUGUCCUCCACACCGAGGGUGUGAUUUUGAAUAUGACUUUUGUGGGUGGACUAAUGUGAUGGAUGACGAAUUGUCCUGGCUUAGAGGAAGCAACGGUACUAACACUGAAGGCACUGGACCAACAAUCGAUCACACGACAGGAACAGAAUCAGGUCACUUUGUGUACAUCAAUACGUCAUCAGCUAUGCAAAAUCACACAGCCGAGUUAACAACAGUAGAAUUCACGUCCAACAUCGAUCGUUGCCUACGAUUCUGGUAUCACAUGUACGGCGAAGACAUUGGAUCGCUGCAUGUAUUUCAAAUCGAUAUCGGAAAUCCAUUUAUUAGACCUAUCUGGUCAAGGUCAGGGAACCAGCAAGACAUGUGGCGUAGAGGUAGUGUUCCAUUGCCAAUUGAAGGCACGGGAAAUAACUAUAAGAUCCUGUUCAGAGGUGUUGUUGGCGAUGGUUCCAAGGGAGACAUAGCCAUGGAUGAUAUAUUAGUGGAUGACAUUCCUUGUCAACCAGAAGGGUGGUGUGAUUUUGACACUGAUACAUGUGGUUGGACUAAUGAGUUGGUAAGGGAUGACAACUAUGAUUGGGUACGGAAUGCUGGUACCUCUCCAACAUCAAAAACAGGUCCGAAGAAAGACCACACAUUAGAUAAUCAGAAAGGGUAUUAUAUGUAUAUCGAAACAGACGAUGGCGAUCUUCAUGCCAAGGCAUGGCUCGUGAGUGAACAUUUGCAACCUACAACAGGUGAAUGCUUCCAGUUUUGGUACCAUAUGUUUGGUAGCACCAUUGCAACGUUGAACGUGUAUUUUGAAUCAGCCAAUGUGCCAAUGUCAUUACGAUGGAGUACGUCAGGUGACCAUGAAGAGGAGUGGCACCCUGGACAGAUAACAGUAAACUCAACAGAGGAGUUCUGGAUUAUAUUUGAAUCAACCAAAGGGGGCAUGUCUGGAGAUAUCGCUGUGGAUGAUACGUCAUUACAAACUGAUCCAUGUUCAUCUAACCAAUACGAUUGCACUUUUGAGACUGAUCUGUGCAUCUGGAGACAGGAUGUUGAAGAUGACGAUUUUAAUUGGACCAGAAGGAAUGGCGACACCCCAACAUAUCACACAGGGCCUAAGAUAGACCAUACUUUAGGAACAAACAAAGGUUAUUACCUGUAUGUGGAGGCCAAUUCAGUUGAGGGCCACGAACGAGGCAGGCUGAUAUCUGAUAUAUUACCACCGACAACCAGUGCGGGAUUUUGUCUACAGUUUUGGUAUCACAUGUUUGGCAGUGUUGUGGGUGAUCUGAACGUAUAUGUAAGAGAUGCAUAUGGCAUAGAAACAAAGAUUUGGGCACGUACGGGCACUCAGGCGAACGAAUGGAGAUAUGCGCAGCGAGAUUUGUAUAUGACAUCGACUUUUGAAGUCAUAUUUGAAGUAACAGGGAUAACACAUACAAGAAGUGACAUUGCUAUAGAUGAUUUGUUUGUUCAUACAGGAUCAUGUCCCCCACACAAGGAAUGUGAUUUUGAGUUCGACAUUUGUGGAUGGACUAACGUGGAAAAUGAUAACUUAGAUUGGUUGCUAGGUGGCAAUGGUACUGAUACUGAAGGGACUGGACCACAAAUCGAUCAUACAACUGGAACGGAAACAGGUCACUUCGCCUAUAUUGAAACAACGUCAGCUACAAUAGGACACACUGCAGUGUUGACGACCACGGAGUUUAAUUCAGGCAUUCACCGGUGCUUGAAAUUCUGGUAUCAUAUGUAUGGGCAGGAUAUCGGCUCACUUCAUGUUUAUCAAACUAAUGUAAAUCACGAACAAUCUCCGGCAAUCUGGUCACGAUUAGGAAACCAAGAUGAUAUGUGGCGCAGAGGAACCGUGCAUUUGCCAAUAGACCCGAACGGUCUUCCUUAUUGGAUCUCCUUUGAAGGUGUUGUUGGCGAUGGUGCCCAGGGAGAUAUAGCCAUUGAUGAUAUAUUAGUGGACGACAUUCCUUGUCAACCAGAAGGCUGGUGUGAUUUUGAGACUGAUACAUGUGGUUGGACUAAUGAGUUGGUGAGAGAUGACAACUAUGAUUGGCUGAGGAAUGCUGGUUCUUCUCCUACAAGUAAUACUGGUCCUACGAAAGACCAUACAUUGGGGACACCGAAAGGAUAUUAUAUGUUUAUUGAAACAGACUAUGGAGAUGUUCAUGCCAGGGCAUGGCUUGUGAGCGAACACUUACAACCUACAUCGAGUAAAUGUUUCAUAUUUUGGUACCAUAUGUCUGGCAGCACUAUUGCAACGUUGAAUGUGUAUUUUGAAUCAAGCAAUGUGCCAAUGUCUUUACUAUGGAGUACGUCAGGUGACCAUGGAGAGCAGUGGCAUCAAGGGCGGAUAACAGUGAACUCAACAGAGGAAUUCUGGAUUAUAUUCGAAGCAACAAAAGGUGGCAGUAUUGGUGAUAUUGCUAUUGAUGAUACGGCGCUAGAAGAUGUUUCGUGUGCAUCUUACGAUUACGAUUGCACCUUUGAGAAAGAUUUGUGCUCCUGGAGACAGGAUAUUGAGGGCGACGAUUUUGAUUGGAUCAGAAGGAAAGGAGACACUCCCACUUAUCAUACAGGACCGAAAUUUGACCAUACAUUAGGAACAAAUCAAGGAUACUACCUGUAUGUUGAAGCUGAAUUAGUUGACGACCAUGAAAGAGGUAGGCUGAUAUCUGCUAUCUUACCGGCCACAAGUGAUGGGUGGUGUCUGCAAUUUUGGUACCAUAUGCUUGGUAGUCACGUGGGCGAUUUGAAUGUCUAUGUAAGAGAAAACGACUGGGAGACAAGGAUCUGGACUCGUACAGGUACACAAGCAAACGAGUGGAGAUAUGGUCAACGUUAUUUACAUAUUGAUUCAAAUUUCGAGAUAAUAUUUGAAGUGACAAGCAUAAAGAAUGCAAGAAGUGAUAUUGCUAUAGAUGAUUUGUCUGUACAUAGUGGAUCAUGUCCCCCACACAGAGAGUGUGAUUUUGAAUACGACUUUUGUGGCUGGACCAACGCGGAUUAUGAUAAUGUGGAUUGGUUACGUGGGAGCAAUGGAACUGGUGAUGAUGGGACAGGACCAACAAUUGAUCACACCACAGGAACAGAAACAGGUCACUUUGCAUAUAUCGAAACAACUACCGCUUUGAUUGGCCAUUCUGCAGUAUUGACAACCACAGAGUUCUCAUCAGAUAUUGAUCGCUGUCUGACAUUCUGGUAUCACAUGUACGGUCAAGAUAUCGGAUCACUUCACGUAUAUCAAAUUGACAUUGAAAGCGAACUCUCUUCCGCAAUAUGGUCACGAUCGGGGAAUCAAGAUGAUAUGUGGCGCAGGGGAACAGUGCCUUUGCCGAUAGAACCAACUGGCAAUCCGUAUUUGAUCUCAUUUGAAGGCGUUGUUGGCGGUGGCUCUUUAGGAGAUAUAGCCAUUGAUGACAUUCUUGUUGAUGACAUUCUUUGUCAACCAGAAGGCUGGUGUGAUUUUGAAAUGAGUACAUGCGGUUGGACCAAUGAUCUUGUAAAUGACGAUGAGUAUGAUUGGAUGCGCAAUUCAGGCACUACUCCCACAAGUAAUACAGGGCCAACGGAAGACCACACUCUCGACUCUCGUAAAGGAUAUUAUAUGUACAUCGAAACCAAUGACAAUAAUGUAGGAGAUCGAGCAUGGCUUGUUAGCGAGCAUUUGCAGCCUAAUUCAGGAAAAUGUUUCAUGUUUUGGUAUCAUAUGUACGGUGAUAGUGUGGGCAAUUUAAACGUGUAUGUCGAGUCGGCCAAUAAUCCUCUAACACGAAGAUUCUCAGCUUCUGGUAACCAUGGAGAUUUGUGGCACCCUGGACAAAUUACAGUAAACUCAACAGAGGAAUAUUGGAUUAUUUUUGAAGCAACAAAAGGUGGAAGUCGUGGUGAUAUUGGUGUAGAUGAUACUGGAAUAAGUGAAGGUCCUUGUCCAAUAAACCAAUACGAUUGUACAUUUGAAGAUGAUUUUUGCACAUGGAGACAGGAUAAUGAAACAGAUGAUUUUGAUUGGACGAGACACAAAGGAAGCACUCCGACAACACAUACAGGGCCAACGAUUGACCACACCUUAGGCACAAGUCAGGGCUACUAUCUCUAUAUUGAAGCAAAUUCGGUUGACGAUCAGAAGAGAGGCAGAUUGAUAUCAGAUAUCUUCCCCCCUACAACGAAUACGGGAUCUUGUAUACAGUUUUGGUAUCACAUGCUUGGUAGUCGUGUUGGAGACCUAAAUGUGUAUGUGAGAGACGCGUAUGGCACCGAGACAAAGAUCUGGACUCGUACGGGCACACAGGCAGAUGAGUGGAGAUAUGGUCAACGAGAUUUGCAUAUGAAAUCAACAUAUGAAAUUAUAUUUGAAGCUACAAGGAUAACACAUCAGCGGAGUGAUAUUGCCAUUGAUGAUUUGUCCGUGCAUUUCGGGGCGUGUCCUCCACAUCGUGAGUGUGAUUUCGAGUAUGACUUUUGUGGGUGGACAAAUAUGGAUAGUGAUGAGUUAGAGUGGUUACAAGGAAGCAAUGGUACCGAGACUGCGGGAACAGGUCCAAGUAUUGACCACACUACAGGAACAGAAACAGGUCAUUUUGCAUAUAUCGAAACAACGUCUGCGUUGAUUGGUCACUCCGCAAUAUUGACAACCACAGAGGUCACAUCUAAUAUUGAUCGGUGUCUGACAUUCUGGUAUCACAUGUACGGUCAAGAUAUCGGAUCACUGCAUAUUUAUCAAAGUGACGUUGGCAACGUAUCAUCCACACCAGUUUGGUCAAGAACGGGAAACCAAGAUGAUAUGUGGAGAAGAGGUACUGUUCCUUUGCCUAUGGAACCAACAGGCAAUCCAUAUUUGGUAUCAUUUGAAGGCGUUGUUGGCAACGGUACACUAGGAGAUAUAGCAAUUGACGAUGUACUAGUAGAUGAUAUUCCCUGUAAACCAGAAGGCUGGUGUGAUUUUGAAAUGAAUACAUGUGGUUGGACCAAUGAUCUUGUAAAUGACGAUGAUUAUGACUGGUUACGCAAUGCAGGCACUACUCCUACAACUAAUACAGGUCCAAAAGAGGACCACACUAUUGACACUGGCAAAGGGUAUUAUAUGUACAUAGAAUCAAGUGACAAGGAUGUAGGUGACCGGGCAUGGCUUGUUAGUGAACAUUUACAGCCAUCGUACGAUAAAUGUUUCACAUUUUGGUAUCACAUGUAUGGUACUAGUAUCGGAAUACUGAACGUAUAUGUUGAAUCGCGCAGUAAUCCUUCAUCAUUGAAGUUCUCAGCAUCGGGUGAUCAUGGUGAAUUUUGGCACCCUGGACAGAUUACGGUGAACUCAACAGAAGAAUACUGGAUUAUAUUUGAAGCGACAAAAGGUGGAACCAAAGGAGACAUAGCCGUGGAUGACACUGCGCUGAUUGAUGGUGCAUGCCCUUCAACACAAUAUGAUUGUGCAUUCGAAGAAGAUCUUUGCACAUGGAGGCAAGACGAUACUGAUGACUUUGAUUGGACACGACAUAAAGGUAGCACUGAGACAUUGUACACAGGACCAAUGGUUGAUCACACAUUAGGCACAAGUGAAGGUUAUUAUCUCUAUAUUGAAGCAAAUUCUGUUGCUGGUGAUGAGAGAGGUAGAUUGAUAUCAGAUGUUUUACCACCUACAACGAGUUCUGGGUAUUGUCUACAAUUUUGGUACCACAUGCUUGGUAAUAUAGUGGGUGAUCUAAAUGUGUAUGUUAGAGAUUACUAUGGUGUUGAAACAAAGAUAUGGUCACGUAUGGGAACUCAAGCUGAUGAGUGGAGAUAUGGACAACGAGAUUUGUAUAUGACAUCAAGUUAUGAAAUCAUAUUUGAAGUAACCAGGAUAACAAAGAAACGAAGUGAUAUUGCUAUUGAUGAUUUGUCUGUGCAUCCCGGACCUUGUCCUCCACACCGAGAGUGUGAUUUUGAGUAUGAUUUUUGCGGAUGGACUAAUAGAUUAGAAGGCGAUGAGUUGGAUUGGUUAAGGGGAAGGAAUGGUACUGAAACAACUGGAACAGGCCCAACGAUUGACCACACCACAGGAACAGCUACAGGUUAUUUUGCAUAUAUCGAAACAUCGACAUCCACGAUUGGCCACUCAGCUGUGUUGACUACUACUGAAUUCACAUCUGACAUCGAUCGUUGUUUGCGAUUCUGGUAUCACAUGUAUGGAGAAGAUAUCGGAUCACUUAACGUUUACCAAAUUGACAUUGGCAAUAUAUUCCAAACACCAAUAUGGUCUCGAUCAGGAAAUCAGGAUGACAUGUGGCGAAGAGGGUCUGUACCUUUGCCUGUAGAACUAAUUGGUAAUCCGUAUAUGAUAUCCUUUGAAGGCGUCGUUGGCAAUGGUACACUGGGAGACAUAGCAAUUGACGACGUUAUAGUAGAUGACGUCCCUUGUCAACCAGAAGGCUGGUGUGAUUUUGAAAUGGAUACAUGUGGUUGGACAAAUGAACUUGUAAAGGACGAUGAUUAUAAUUGGUUACGGAAUGCAGCCACCACUCCCACAGGGGGCACAGGCCCGAAAAUUGACCACACACUUGGCACUGCAAAAGGGUAUUAUAUGGUUAUUGAAACAAAUGAUGGGAGUGUUGGUGAUCGAGCAUGGCUUGUCAGUGAACAUCUACAACCGACAUCGGGCAAAUGUUUCAUGUUUUGGUAUCAUAUGUAUGGUGGUAGUGUGGGAAAUUUAAACGUGUAUGUCGAGUCAGCCAAUGAUCAACCUACGCUAAGGUUCUCAACAUCCGGUAACCAUGGAGAUUUGUGGCAUCGUGGACAAAUCACAGUGAACUCAACAAAAGAAUAUUGGAUUAUUCUUGAAGCAACGAACGGCGGAAGUAGCGGUGAUAUUGGUGUGGAUGAUACAGAAAUAAUCGAAGGACCCUGUCCAAUAAACAAAUACGAUUGUACAUUUGAGGAAGACUUUUGCACAUGGAAACAGGAUAAUGAAACAGACGAUUUUGAUUGGACGAGACACAAAGGAAGCACUCCGACGUCACAUACAGGGCCAAAGAUUGAUCACACUUUAGGCACGAGUCAAGGCUACUAUCUCUAUAUUGAAGCAAAUUCGGUUGACGAUAGUGAGAGUGGUAGACUGAUAUCAGAUGUCCUCCCCCCUACAACGAAUACGGGAUCUUGUCUACAGUUUUGGUAUCACAUGCUUGGUAGUCGUGUUGGAGACCUAAAUGUGUAUGUGAGAGACGCGUAUGGCACCGAAACAAAGAUCUGGACUCGGACGGGCACACAGGCAGAUGAGUGGAGAUAUGGUCAACGAGAUUUGCAUAUGAAAUCAACAUAUAAAAUUAUAUUUGAAGCUACAAGGAUAACACAUCAGCGGAGUGAUAUUGCUAUUGAUGAUUUGUCUUUGCAUUCCGGGGCGUGUCCUCCACAUCGUGAGUGUGAUUUCGAGUACGACUUUUGCGGGUGGACUAAUACGGAUAAGUAUGGAUUACAAUGGUUACAAGGAAGCAAUGGUACCGAGACAGAGGGGACAGGUCCAAGUAUUGACCACACUACAGGAACAGAAACAGGUCACUUUGCAUAUAUUGAAACAACGUCAGCUUUGAUUGGUCACUCCGCAAUAUUGACAACCACAGAGUUCACAUCAGAUAUUGAUCGGUGUCUGACAUUCUGGUAUCACAUGUACGGUCAAGAUAUCGGAUCACUGCAUGUUUAUCAAAGUGACGUUGGCAACGUAUCAUCCACACCAGUUUGGUCAAGAACGGGAAACCAAGAUGAUAUGUGGAGAAGAGGUACUGUUCCUUUGCCUAUGGAACCAACAGGCAAUCCGUAUUUGGUAUCAUUUGAAGGCGUUGUUGGCAAUGGUACACUAGGAGACAUAGCAAUUGACGAUGUUCUAGUAGAUGAUAUUCCCUGUCAACCAGAAGGCUGGUGUGAUUUUGAAAUGAAUACAUGUGGUUGGACCAAUGAUCUUGUAAAUGAUGAUGAUUAUGAUUGGAUACGAAAUGCAGGCACUACUCCUACAAGUAAUACCGGACCAAAGGAAGACCACACUAUUGACACUGGCAAAGGGUAUUAUAUGUACAUAGAAUCAAGUGACAAGGAUGUAGGUGACCGGGCAUGGCUUGUUAGUGAACAUUUACAGCCAACGUAUGAAAAAUGUUUCACAUUUUGGUAUCAUAUGUAUGGUACUGGUAUCGGAAUACUGAACGUAUAUGUCGAGUCGCGCAAUAAACCUUCGUCACUGAAGUUCUCAACAUCCGGUGAUCAUGGGGAAUUUUGGCACCCUGGACAGAUUACGGUGAACUCAACAGAAGAAUACUGGAUUAUAUUUGUGGCUACAAAGGGUGGAACCAAAGGGGACAUUGCCGUGGAUGACACUGCACUGAAUGAUGGCGCAUGUCCCACAACGCAAUAUGAUUGUACAUUCGAGGAAGAUCUUUGCACAUGGAGGCAAGACGAUACUGAUGACUUUGAUUGGACCAGACAUAAAGGUAGCACUCAGACAUUAUACACAGGACCAACGGUUGAUCACACAUUAGGCACAAGUGAAGGUUACUAUCUCUAUAUUGAAGCAAAUUCGGUUGAUGGUGAUGAGAGAGGUAGAUUGAUAUCAGAUGUUUUACCACCUACAACGAGUUCUGGGUAUUGUCUACAAUUUUGGUAUCACAUGCUUGGUAAUAUAGUGGGUGAUCUAAAUGUGUAUGUUAGAGAUUACUAUGGUGUUGAAACAAAGAUAUGGUCACGUAUGGGAACCCAAGCUGAUGAGUGGAGAUAUGGACAACGAGAUUUGCAUAUGACAUCAAAUUAUGAAAUCAUAUUUGAAGUUACCAGGAUAACAAAGCAACGGAGUGACAUUGCUAUCGACGAUUUGUCUGUGCAUCCCGGACCUUGCCCUCCACACCGAGCGUGUGAUUUUGAGUAUGAUUUUUGCGGAUGGACUAAUAGCAUAGACGGCGACGAGCUUUAUUGGUUACGGGGGAGAAAUGGUACUGAAACAACUGGAACAGGCCCAACGAUUGACCACACCACAGGAACAGCUACAGGUCAUUUUGCAUAUAUCGAAACAUCGACAUCCACGAUUGGCCACUCAGCAGUGUUGACUACUACUGAAUUCACAUCUGACAUUGAUCGUUGUUUGCGAUUCUGGUAUCACAUGUAUGGAGAAGAUAUCGGAUCACUUAACGUUUACCAAAUUGACAUUGGCAAUAUAUUCCAAACACCAAUAUGGUCUCGAUCAGGAAAUCAGGAUGACAUGUGGCGAAGAGGGACUAUACCUUUGCCCGUAGAACUAACUGGUAAUCCGUAUCUGAUAUCCUUUCAAGGUGUUGUUGGCAAUGGUACACUUGGAGACAUAGCAAUUGACGAUGUUCUCGUAGAUGAUGUUCCUUGUCAACCAGAAGGCUGGUGUGAUUUUGAAAUGAAUACAUGUGGUUGGACAAAUGAACUAGUAAAGGACGAUGAUUAUAAUUGGAUACGGAAUGCAGCCACCACUCCCACAGGGGGCACGGGUCCGAAGAUUGACCACACACUUGGCACUGCAAAAGGAUAUUACAUGGUUCUGGAAACAAGCGAUGGAAAUAUUGGUGACCGAGCGUGGCUAGUUAGUGAACAUCUGCAACCAACAUCAGGGAAAUGUUUCAAGUUUUGGUAUCACAUGUUUGGAGCAACUAUUGGUACUUUGAGGGUUUAUUUCGAAUCUGCUGUUGAUGGCAUGACACUAUUGUGGACGGCUUCGGGUGACCAUGGAGACGUAUGGAAGAAUGGACAUGUGACGGUCAAUUCCGCGGUAGAAUACUGGAUUAUAUUCGAGGCAACCAAUGGUGGCGUAUAUGGGGAUAUUGCAGUUGAUGAUACUGAGGUAGACGAUGGUGAUUGCCCUGUGACAACACCUCCACCCACUUCACCCACGCCUAUUCCAACAUAUCCACCAGAUUAUCAUGACUGCGAUUUUGAAAUUAAUUAUUGUACCUGGACAUAUGAUGAAGAUAGUUCUGACUUUGACUGGACCAGGAUUACAGCGUUAGAUGGUUCGUUAGUUCAGGGACCUCCGUUUGAUCACACCACAGGAACUGAAACAGGUUACUAUAUUAUCAUAGAAUCCUCCGUCCCACGGACCCCUGGCGAGAAAGCCCGCAUAAUCAGCGGUUACUUCAAUUACCAUAGCCCAGAAGGAAUAUGCAUGAAAUUCUGGUAUCACAUGCUUGGUGCUCAGGUUGGCGUCCUAAACAUUUAUCUGAAAAUAGAUGGACAGAGCGACGUUCUUUUGUGGAUGAAACAAGGGGACCAUGGACCAAGAUGGGGCUAUGACAAUAUACACAUACCAGAAACACGGACGUUCAAGAUUGUCAUAGAAGGAACGGUCCAGGAGCAUUGGGAUGGUCAUAUUGCAUUAGACGAUGUAUUUUUCAAUAUUGGAGAGUGUCCUACCUCUCACGGCUGUGAUUUCGAGAAUAGUAUGUGUGGUUUUUCACUCGACCCACUUAAUGAGUUCAAUUGGUAUAUAGUUCAAGCAAUGGACAGCGAAGAACCAUUAGUUGAUGUAACAUACGGCACAUCAUAUGGUCAUUACAUCUAUGCUAACAAGACUACAUCGAACUUACAAGGAUCGAUCUCCCGGUUUGUCAGCGGCGUAUACGACACCACUGAAAGCAGGUGUUUACGAUUUGCAUAUUACAUGUCUACGACGGGUAAUAGAUUCGAAGGACUGGGCGUGUACGUGAAGGAGUUAAGCAACGACGAGUAUUUGUUAUGGAGUUCACCAUACGAGGGGAUUGCGGUAUUUCAAAUUGCCGAAGUCACUAUUAAUCAUCAAAUACCGUUUCAGAUAAUAUUUGAAGCUGUUGCCGGAUCUGACAACACUGGCCAUCUAGCAAUCGACGAUAUUGAUUUUAAAGAUGGUGGUUGCGAGCCACUUGGUCACUGCGCAUUUGAGCAUGGUGACACGUGUACUUGGUCAAAUGUACAAUACGGCAGUUCAACUAUAGAUCAGUUUGACUGGAUGCUUAUGAGUGGUGCCCAUAUCAAAAGUGAGACGGCUCCGACUGUAGAUCACACGAUUGGAACAGCCUAUGGAACAUACCUGUACUUGUCAACAUCCGGACCAAGGGUAGAAGGCGAUGUCGCAAUACUCAUGUCGGUUCACUUUGAAGACGGGGCUGAUCAGUGUAUGAGGUUUUGGUACUACAUGCACGGUAGCGAUACAGGCACACUGUCAGUGAUUCAUUAUGAUGCGCCUAACGCACUGUUUAGUGUGUCUGGGAGCCAGGGAAGUACGUGGAUAGAAGCAUAUGUAGAUGUACCAGCAACAUCCACUAAUAUCGUCACUAUCAGAGGAAUCGUUGGCAGUGCACCGGGUGACAUAGCAAUUGAUGAUAUCUCAUUUACAGACGGUCUGUGCCCGCCACCCCCGCCACCAUGUGAAUUUGAAUGUAACGACGGAACUGGAAACUGUCUGCCUAUGAGCAAAGUUUGUGACUUCAACAAUGAUUGCGACAAUCAUGAAGACGAGGCAGUAUGUGGCUAUCAGUGCACAUUUGAGACUGGUGAAUGUGGCUGGAAUGACACAGCUAAGGGGCAGUAUCAGUGGAUAAGAUGGCGUGGGGCCACGCCAACAUCAAACACAGGACCGGCAUAUGACCACACUACUUACACACAACAAGGUUGGUAUAUUUACGUUGAUGCCAACGUGUUUGGAAAUACUGUUGAAUGGGCCCACUAUACUAGUCCUACGCUGCAGCAAUCCGGUUCCUCUUGCGAACUCUACUUUUGGUAUCACAUGAAAGGAAAAGGUAUAGGUACACUGCGGGUCCAUGUGAAGGAGUCCAGCUAUGAAUCCGAGGUAUGGUCCCGUAGCGGUGAUCAAGGCGAUAAUUGGAAUGCGGGAGUAGCUAUUAUUGGUAGGAUGCAUAAUCCGUUCUUUGUUGUGUUUGAAGCUCAGCGAACCUUCAACGUGCUUGGUGAUAUUGCUGUUGAUGACAUUAUUUUUGAAGGUUGUACUUUGCCAGAGAUCGUACCAAGCUGCCAAACAGAUCAGUUCAGAUGUACAAGGGGUUCCUGCGUGGAAAGUGACAGACUAUGCGACUAUAAUGACGAUUGUGGAGACUAUUCUGAUGAAGCCAUAGCGCUAUGUGAUCCAUAUGAACGUUGCGAUUUUGAGUCAGGGAUGUGUGACUGGACUAAUCUAGAUGAAGAUGAACUUGACUGGGAAUUAGGGAGUGGUGGUACGUUCGGUGGAGCUAAGAGAGAUCACACUAUAAAAACGUAUAGUGGCCAUUAUAUGUACAUUCCAUUCCACUCCACAAGUAGAGGUGACCGUGCUCGAAUUGGUAGUAUGUACUUUGUGCGUCCAAGCCCAACUGAAGAAUGUGAAAUGCGAUUUUGGUAUUAUAUGACUGGGUUUGAUACUCAGACACUGAACAUAUAUACGCGAACAUCUGUUGGUGGUCCUAUGUCCUUGGUAUGGUCAUUUGCUACACAUAGUGGUGAUUAUUACCGAAGAGCCGAAGUUGUGAUAUCGCCAUCAGAUAAUUUCCAAGUCAUAAUUGAGGGAGUAAGGGGGAAGUAUAGCAGCAUUGUAAUUGCCAUUGACGAUAUUUCAUUUACCCCUGGUUGCCAGGUCUAUAACGGCCAUUUGCCGAUUGGUACAACACCACUACCAACAACACCAUAUAAUAUAUGCGGAGAAGGUUACUGGCCUUGCGCUAAUGGUGAAUAUUGUAUUUACACUAAUUAUUAUUGUAAUUGGAAUGUCGAUUGCCCAGAUGAAUCUGAUGAAAUGGUAUGCGGUCCUUGUGAUUUCGAAACAGGCCUGUGUGGUUAUGAGGAUUAUAGUCAAGGGAUGUUCAAAUGGAAUAGAGUGCAGGGAGCAGAUAAAACUACUGGAAAUGGCUGGUACAUGUUAUUAGAUCACGGAAAUGGAAUAAAUUUCAACAUAGCAAGAAUAUACAGUCCAUCUCUUCCAGAUACAUCGGAACAGUGUUCAAUGAGCUUUUGGCGACUCCAACCAGAGAGUGGAACUGUUUUAAUAGUAAGUUUGAUUGUAAACGGAUCGUCUUCGUUGAUCUGGGAAUCGACAGACACCACCUCAACGGCAUGGCAGCAAGAGACAAUAUAUAUUGGAAAAUGGAGCGGUCAAAUCCAGGUUCUCUAUUUUGGGAGUUUUAUGUCCACAUCGGGUGUUCAAGGCAUUGGCAUAGAUGACAUAUUGUUCCAUGACUGUGCAGUAUCAGGAAUGUAUCCCAUGUGUCAAAAUGACGAAUAUCAAUGCCACAGCGGGUCAUGUGUUAAGAACAAUCUUGUGUGCGACUUUACGAACGACUGUGAUGACAGUACGGAUGAAUUGACUUCAAUGUGUGCAAUGUACCCUGAUCGAUGUAACUUCGAAACGGGAUUCUGCAGCUGGGCCCAAAGCACCAACGACGACGAUUUCGACUGGAUUCUAGGAGAAGGUAGUACAAUGUCACCAGAAACGGGGCCUGAUGCUGAUCACACCAGAGGGGAUAGUCAUGGUCAAUACGCUUACGUCGACGUAUCUUACCAGAAUCGACAGGCUGACGUAGCUAAUUUGGUCAGUGAUGUAUUCAGUGCUGCGGACACGUGUCAAAUGAGGUUAUUUUAUCAUAUGUAUGGACGAGAUAUUGGUACUUUGCGCGUCUCCAUACGUAUGACUGAAAAUGGUAAAUUAAUAGAACAGUGGUCUGCCAGUGGAGAUCAAGGAAACGAAUGGGCAAGAACAGAUAUUACUAUUAUGAGUGCCGAGAGAUUCCAGGUUGUGAUUUCCGCUGUUAGAGGGUCAGGUGACCGUGGUGAUAUUGCUAUAGACGAUGUUUCAUUCACUCCUCAUUGUAAACUGGACCCUAACAACGAAUUAACGCAUGGUCCUACAAUCCCUCCUCCCUGUGGCAGUGAUGGAAUGGAGUGCAUUACUGAUCGACAGUGCAUUGAUGGUUCAAACGUGUGUGAUUUUAGACACGACUGUAGUGAUGGUUCCGAUGAAAUAUCGUGUCCGCUGGUGUGCAACUUUGACGACGGUAUGUGUGGCUGGACUCAGGCGGUUAGCAAUAACAACGAGUGGUUAAAAAAAGAAGGCACCCCUCCACCAGGACUCCCUUCACAGGAUCACUCAACAAGUACUCAUACAGGGCAAUAUAUGUACCUUCUUGGCGAUACCGAUUCACAAAGUUCAGUUUUGGAGAGUCCGUCAUAUACACAGUCUAGUUCUGCCUGCUCGUUCAGUCUGUAUUACCAUGCUAGAAUGGGAACAGCCAGUGGCUCCUUGGCUAUCAAAAUAUAUGCUCACAUUGAUCCAUCGGGUGGUGAUUCUACAUACAUAGCUAUCGACGAUGUGAGGUUCACAAGUGGAUGUGCCUACGAAUCCGUGCCGUCAAAUUGUAAUGGUCUUUCUUCUUGUCAAAGUGGGCAUUGUUAUUCAGCUUCACAAACAUGCAACUUUGAGCCAGACUGUUGUAUCGAUAAAACUGAUGAAUCCACAUGUGCCGGGUACAUCAUGUGUGAUUUUGACAAUGACUUCUGUGGCUGGAAAAACGUGCUCUCGGGCCAUUCGUAUUGGGACAGGCACACACCAUUCACGCAUGGGAUCACCGAACCAUUUUAUGACCACACGUCUUACAGUAAUAACGGGUAUUUCCUUCAUUUUGACGUGUCAAAUGGAGUUCCAGUAGGAGGGAAGGCAGUGAUUGGUAGUUUUUUACUACAACCGACUUAUUCGUGCAAUAUGAGAUUCUUCUACUUCGCAACCCCAGCACACGUAGGAAGUCUCAAUAUUUACAUUAUCACUGAACUCGGCGGUGCUCCGCCUGACGUGUAUCAAUCGAUUCCACACCCACAACACUCCCAAUGGACACUGUUCGAAAUGUCAUUACACGUGAAUAAACCAUUUCAGAUAUUGAUAGAAGGUGUUGCGGAACUACAAGAAGGGUGUUUAGCAUUAGAUGACAUAUCUUUCACUACGGGAUGUGAUAAGUAUCAGGGAACGUUGCCAGUAGUAACAACGCCAUCAAUGUCUACGACUUCUGCCACCACAAGUACCGCUGCUCGAACUACUGAAUUAACAUCAACACCGACAUCCUGGUCAACGUUAUCGAUUACAAGAACACGGUCAACAACAACGAAGCCGAAAUCAACAAUAAUAUCGACUGUAGCUACUACAUUAGGUGAAGGAGAAAUGGCUACAUCGGCCGAUACUGUGUUGUACGUCGGCGUUAGUGGCGCUGUAAUACUUCUGGUCUUGAUUGCCAUCGUUACACUGGCUGUAUAUUGUUCAAGAAGAAAACAGAGGAGGCGUUUUGAAGCGAUUAGAUCACCGUUUUCUCAGAGCAUAAUGAACCAAACUUAUGCAUACUAUGACACUGACACAGUUACUGAUUUCGCACUAAGUGACGUAGACACAUCGUUAUUUGCAAGUGACGACACUGGUAUGAAAAUGAAAGACAAGAAUGGAGUAGACAACCCACUAUAUGAGCCGAUGAAUGCUGGCAAAGUGCAUGGCGGUGAAAAGCAAGCCUCAUUUGCAUAACUUGGUCUCACAAAUACAUAUGUAUAAUUCCGCAAUAUUUUCUCUUAGUUUUGAAUGAAUUAAUCACUAGUGUAUGCUGACGUCAACGUCAGAGAAAAUAUUGUAGAAAUAUAUAUUUGUCAAAUGCAUAUUUCCACUGUACGAUAUUAUACGAAGCCUCGGUUGACAAUGAGCUUCGCCAUUCCUAUUAAAUAUCAACAACAACAUUAAGUAGUAAAAACAUUAAUCUUUAAAUUAAACAAAUAUUCAUUUGUGAUAAUAAAUAUUUACAACACACUGUGACAAUUU